AUGAUUGAUGUUGCAAUGUUUACUAUUAAAAUUGAGAUAAACAACCAUCAUAUUAAGUUUUUAUUACUGAAGUUUCAAGCAAUAUUAAGUAUUAUUCCAUCAAGUGAUACAAAUUGUAUUGAAGGUACAUAUGAAUUUCAUAUUCGAUCACAUAUACGAAAUGGAAACCAUAUUUCGAAAACCGAUAAUGAAAAAGUUAAUUUUAAUAAUUCAAAAAUAUUCUACAUGAUAUUAAAAAGACAAAAUAUUGAUUAG